CACUAGAGGGCGAACGUGUGACGUGUAAAGAGGAGGAAGCGUCCUCGGUAGAUGCGCGGUGACGUUCUGUGGUGAACCUGGGAAGAAAGAUAUUUUAUUUUUUCAUGUUGUAUGUAGCGCUGCUUUUUUUUGGAGGUAAGAACGUUAUUCUGUACGGUCCCCGCUGAACGGAUUACCUUACUAAGCAUGGAGACAGAGCGGAGUUACACAACUGAAAGAAUACUAAACCUCACUCUGGAAAUCAUCUACCUGCUGACCGGAGAGAAUUAUAUAGCUUUCAAACUUUCUGAUGGCUUGGUCACGUCCAGUUUGAUGAAGACUCGAAUUUCAGUUAUAGAGCCCCCAUCUCACUCUAUAAAUAAGGACAACAAGAAGAUUCGAGAAUUCACAAGGGAGAUCAUUGAGCUGCUGGCUGUAGAGGUUCCUGUAAGGUGUCAGGAUGGUUCUGUGUGUUUUUCUGUGGAGGAGUGGGAGAAUUUAGAAGGACACAAGAAUUUGUGUGAAGAUGUCGUGAUGGAGAACCGGCCACGCCUCACAUCACCGGAUAGAUCCAGUAACAGGAAUACACCAGAGAGAUGUCCCCGUCCUCUAUAUUCCCGGGACUCCACACAGGAAGAUCAGGAGAUCCCUCAGGAGGAUCAGGAAGAAAACUGUAUUCUUUCUGUAACAGAAGCUAGAGAGGAAGCAGAAGAGACGUGUGUAAGAGGUGAUGGGCAACGUAUGGAGAAAGAAACUCCUCCAGAGAUCAGCACAGAACCUGAAGACACCGGAGACACUCAGAGAUACAUUGGAUCUGAGGAUGAAGAAACCGACUUGAUGAUUAAAGAGGAGAAAACGUAUUCAGAGAUCAGCACAGACACCGGAGAGACUCGCUUUGUUGUAUCUGAUGACAAAAGAAACCACCUGACGAUUAAAGAGGAGGAAACUUCUCCAGAGAAUAGCACAGAUGAACCAUAUUUAAGGAAUAACACAGAGAAUCAUCAUAUCAUUUAUCCAGAUUGUGAACUAGAAGAUGAGGAUGACAUCAUAUCCGAUUCCACAAAAGAAAGCUCCAUUAUCCCUAAUCUCCAUCCAGCGCCUUACAGCGCAGAUCUGUCAUCCGGUCCCUUUUCACACGGGGGGUGGUUCUCCGAUGAUUUUCAUCCCGUCGCAAUGCGUGAAGAUCAUGGAUGUCCGAAGGGCCUACCAUGUCCCGAUUGCGGAAAAUGUUUCAGCGAAAGAUCGAAACUUGCUACACACCAGAGGUCUCACACGGGGGAGAAGCCAUUUUCCUGUAUGGACUGCGGAAAGACCUUCAAGCAGAGCGCCCACCUUGUUUCCCAUCAAAGAACUCACACGAGAGUGCACCCUUUUUCAUGUUCUGAAUGCGGGAAAUGCUUCUCGCAAAAAUCGAACCUCAUUAGACACGAAAAGGUCCACACAGGGGAGAAGUCCUUUUCAUGUUCGGAAUGCGGGAAGCGCUUUUCGGAGAAGUCGAACCUUCUUAGGCACGAGAAGAUCCACACGGGGGAGAAGCCCUAUUCAUGCUCGGAGUGCGGGAGGUGUUUCUCUCUGAGAGCCAAUCUGAUCGCGCAUGCAAGAACUCACACGGGGGAAAAGCCAUUUGCAUGUUUUGAAUGUGGGAAAUGUUUUUCCAGGAAGUCGGUUCUUAGCAUACAUGAAAAGGCUCACAAGGGGAGCAGCCAUAUUCAGGCACGGUUCGCAGGAAACGGGUUUCAAAAAGACUUCUUCUUGCCUGGCAUGCAAGGCUUCACACUGGAGAGGAGUCGUUUCCCCACCCUGUGAUCGACUCCUCAAAAAAACGAAUCUCGCCCAGAACACUCGGAGUAAAAAAACGAUUUAUUGCUCAGGCUGUGGACCGUUUUAUAUAUAUAUAUAUAUAUAUAACUCUCACGUCUCCCUCCCUGCAGAGGACAAGGAGGUUCCUGUAUCACGAUCUGGCAGGAAAAUGAGUCUUUGUCCACACAAGGAUCUUUGGAAUUGGACUUCGUCAAGCUGUCUUUUGAAAGAUGUUGGACAACUGCUAGUUACUUAAAGGGUUUGUAAAGGAAUUUUUUUUUUUUUAUCUUAACCACUUAAGCCUUUAGGCAGCUAAAU